AUGCCACUUACUCCAGUUAUGCCUGUCAAGGGGUUGCGCUACCUCGUGCUCGCAUUGUCGUUCGUGCUUCUUAUGUCCAUAACAUAUAUUUCUACGGAUACUUUUAGCACAACAUUAAAAUCAUACCACGAAACAUACAAGUCAUACAGGUUCAGCAGUCAACCAAACAUCAAGCAAGUUACCUCGUUUCUCGAUUCUCUUGUUAUAUAUCCCAAAACUGAAAACUUAAAAUAUGAACAAACAGAUUUUGUCGUGCAGUAUGCUGGUGACUCCUCGGGAUUAUCUACAACCAUUGUCGAGGACGAGUACAAGAACCACACUCUUUCAAUAUUCAUGUCAGAAAUCCAAUCGGACGAUUGCAAAGCCAUUAAUGUCAAGGAAAAUAUCGGCAUCAACAACUAUCUCACACUUCCAGACAACCUCGCUGAGAUGGCGCAGAUCUUGCAGGAUCAGCUUGACAACGAGGACGCGUUCAAGCAUAUUGCGCCCUUUUUCGAAAACAAGAUACCGAACAUGAUCGCAGCACGUAACGUAUCCAAGCAUUUCUUCAAAUUUGUUGGUACAUCGGUGUGGUUAAAAGAGUACGGCGUUCAUCUUAUGGUUAGUCGAGUAUUAUUCUCACGCCGAGGGAUCAAAUGGGAUCCCCAAAUUUCAUUGAUGUAUGCACAAGUAUACAAUGAAGACUGGCAGGAGUUGCAUAACGUUAAGUUAAAGAUCCCAAAUAGGAACGGCGGCGGCCCACAAACCAUGAAAUUCCCUUCAUUCCUCCGUGUCCCAUUCAACUAUGAUUCCAGCCGAACCGCGAGAAGAUGGUAUGGUCCAGAAGAUGGCCGGAUCUUACUCAUACAAAACGAAUACGGCGUUGAGGAACCAGUGCUUAUUUUCAAUUCACAUACACGAAUGUUGGAGACGACAGGCGGUGAAACCGAGGAAGUCUUCUACAGAUCUAUAUUCAUGGGAUGGGUAUUCCAAGAACAAAUCGGUAAGGCAAAUGUUGAUGGUGAAGAAGAUAUACGAUUUGACAAUACGAGAUACAUCAAAGUACGUCAGUUGCAAAUUAUCGGCGAGGAGCGCAACCAAAUUGAAAAGAACUGGACACCGUUUGUUGAUGUCAGCGAGCGAGACAAGUUCGAUCGCAACCUUUACAUUGUAUAUGACUGGCACAAUUUGCAAAUCCUCAAAUGUGACUUGUACAAUUUAACCCUGGACAGAUUCAGCAACUGUGAGCGGGUAUAUAAUGCUGGAACACCCCAUUCUAAAAUCGGGGUGAUUCGAGGAGGUACAGAACUAAUCCCGCUAAGCAGCGUUCGUGAAACUGGAAAUCAGCUUUGGAUAGGGUUUGUUCGGACCCAUAUUAAUAGAUGUGGGUGUGGAAGUUCAAUGUACAGACCCCAUCUUGUAAUUCUCCAACGUGCCGGUCACAACUAUAGAGUGACACACAUGUCAUCGUCCAUUUCGUUUGAUAUUCCUGGAUUAGGCGCAGGAAGAACUGCAGGGUUAUGUGGGAAACGUGAUCCAAAUAUUUUGAUUGCCAAUGGGAUUUCCAAUUGGGAAUUGGAUGAGAAUACAGGAAGUGAUUAUUUGACAUUGACGUUGAGCACCGGUGACGAGUACAAUACUCUCGUUCAUAUCAAGGACCUUGGCAAGAUGAUUGAAAGGUUAGACUUGGAUGUUGCGUAUGAAGAAGAGAAUACUUCAAUGAGAGGUUGUGUCGUUAGUGCAGCUUUUGAUUUCUGUAAAGCAUUUGGUAUAGAGAUGGAUGAGUUAGGAUUAACUCAAGCUGCCAUGGAUCGAGCUGAGAAAGAAAAGCAAGCAAAAGAGAAAGAGGCAAAACAGAAAGAGGCAAAGGAGAAAGAGGCAAAAGAGAAGCCGAAAACACCCAAAUAUACAUAG